AUGCAAAAUUCUCUAUUUACUUUUGAGAAUAAACCAUCAAAGCAAUUCCCACUUGACAAUAAAGUUUGGAAAUUAUAAUAGCAUGAAUCUAUUAAAGAAGAACCUCUUUUUACUGAAGAGUCUGAAUUCAAUUUUCAAAAUGACAUAAAAAGAAUCUUUAAGUAGAUUUUAUAUUUUAAUUAAUAGUGAUACUAAAUGUCAAUAAUAUACCAACAGCAUGAUAAUAAAUAAUUAUACUGUCCAUUCUGUUUCAUAGCCAUCUAAUCAUUAAAUUGAUUCAGAACUUGUACUAUCAAAAUAAAUUUUAGUGUUUCGAAUAUGGAAAAAACAUAUGGGAUUAAUAUCAAUUCAAACCAGUUUUUUAAUGA